AUGAACGGGCAGCCCGUGCCGGCGGCGCAUCCCCGGGGCUGGAGCGAGUUCUGCGAGCUGCACGCCAUCAGCACCGCCAAGGAGCUGGCGCGCCACUACGUGCGCUUCGCCCGCGAGCACCCGCCGUGCGAGCCGCUGGCCGCCGAGAGCUUCUCGCUGCACUUCGCGGCGCUCUUCCAGCACUACUUCUGCCACGAGGUGAAGGAGGGCGGCGCGCAGCCCCGCGGCCCCGCGCCCGCCCGUGACUACCGCGAGGCGCCACGGCACGCGCCGGCCGGCAAGGAGGCCGAGCGCGGCGCCGAUGCCGGCGGCGCCGUGCGCAAGGCGUGGAGCUCGGAGGAGCUGCCGGGCUCCGCGCGGCGGCCCUUCUCGCUGAGCCAGCUGCGGCGGAGCUGGCGCGGGCUCUUCCGSCGGCGCGCGGCGGAGCCGCUGCCCGUGGGUGCCGUGGCCGGUGCCAAGCGCCCGGGCGCCGCGCGCAAGGAGGGGCUGCUGCGCUACGGGCUGCUCGACGAGAGCUCGCUGGACAGCGGCGCCCGCUGGCAGCGCUGCCGCCUGCUGCUGCGCCGCGGCGAGGCGCCCCUCGACGACGACGACUACGUGCUGGAGCUCUUCGACCCGCCCAAGGCGUCCAAGGCCAAGCUGCGCGCCGCCUGCUCGGCCGUGCGCGAGGUGCGCCGCUGCACGCGCCUCGAGAUGCCCGACAACCUGCACACCUUCGUCCUCAAGGUGCACAACGCCACCGACGUGCUCUUCGAGGCCGGGGACGAGCAGCAGCUCUGCGCCUGGAUGGCCGAGAUCCGCGCGUGCGCCUGCGCCCGGCGGGGGUCCGACGUGGGCGACCCGGAGCCCCUCUCCAGUCCACGCCUCGAUGGAGCGUCAUCCGUCGCCGCUGCGGGCAGCACUGACUCCCUGGAGCCAGGGCCGCCGGAGGAGGCGCCGGGCGGCCGCGCGGAGCCGYUCCUCGCCGCCUUCCCCUGGUUCCACGGCCCCAUCUCGCGCGUGCGGGCGGCGCAGCUGGUGCAGCUGGGCGGCGCGCGCGGCCACGGCGUCUUCCUGGUGCGGCAGAGCGAGACGCGCCGCGGCGAGUACGUGCUCACCUUCAACUUCCAGGGACGAGCCAAGCACCUGCGGCUGUCGCUGACGGAGCGGGGCCAGUGCCGCGUGCAGCACCUGCGCUUCCCCUCCGUGCUGGAGAUGCUGCACCACUUCCAACGGUAUCCCAUCCCCCUGGAGUGCGGGGYGGCCUGCGACGUCCGCCUCGCCAGCUACGUCCUCGGCGGCCCCCCGGCGCACGCUCCCGGCAGCACCGUCCCUCUCUCCCUGCCCAUUCCCGGCUGGAGCUGCGACGCAGGGCCGCUCUCCGGCUGCCUCGACGAGACGGAGCCCAUGGAGCCGCCGGAGCCCAUGGAGCCGCCGGAGCAGAUUUUCCACCUGGUGCCGCUGCCGCCGGAGCCGCCGCCGGGAAUGCACGAGGGAGACGUGGAGGCGGCCGGGCCGGGCCGGGGCCGCGUCCGCGCCGUCGACAACCAGUACACGCCGCUGUGAGCGGGACCCAACCCGGCGGCACCCCGCACCACGGACUGGGACUAUUUUUCUUCCUUCUGGGUAGGGAUUUUAUUAUUUUUGCGAGGAAGGGGCUUGUUUUUCACUCCAGUACGGGUGUGCUCCCUCUGGUCGGCCUGUUAAAGGGCCUUUUUUAAAAAAACAAAAAUGUAUUUUUACACUGUGUUUUUGUUCUUAUGGAAGCUUUCUCGUUACUGUUUACACGCGCUGCUUGCGCAGCCGCACGGACGGGCCGGAGCCGGGCAGAGGAGCCGGGC